GCCCACAAAAGCACGAAAAGCCAAAACAGUCAUUCCAUUCCAUUUCCGUUCCUCAAAACCCUUUACUAACUUCUUCUCGCCGGACAAAAACCUUUUUUUCUCGCCGGAGAUAAUCUCCGGCAUGGCGUCAAACCAACCGGAGGGCUACGCCGACGAUUUCCUCGAGCAAAUUCUCGCGAUUCCUUCCUACGCUGGCUUGCCGCCGGUAGCUGACGUCGGAACUUCAUCAGAAACGACGUCGUUCACUUCGGCAUCUGCUGCUGCUGCUGGUCUACAGCAACCGUUGUUCCCGUUGGGACUUAGCUUGGAUAACGGCCGUGAUGACGUCAGCGAUGCUGGUGCUUAUGCAGUGAAGCAUGAAAGAGAAGGAAUAAAUAUCGGGAAUUUAUAUGCUGGUCUAGAACAUUUGCAAUCUCAUGCAGUUCGUCACGCUGUGCCUCCUGUUCACCAUAUCCAGCCUUUCCAAGGCCAACCAACAACAAGCACAACAGUAACUGUACCGCACCCACCAGCAAUUCGUCCUAGGGUUCGAGCUCGGAGGGGACAAGCCACAGAUCCACAUAGCAUAGCUGAGAGGUUGAGACGAGAGAGGAUAUCAGAAAGAAUAAAGGCUUUGCAAGAACUUGUCCCCAGCUGCAAUAAGACCGAUAGGGCCGCAAUGCUUGAUGAGAUUCUGGACUAUGUGAAGUUCUUAAGGCUUCAAGUUAAGGUACUGAGCAUGAGUAGGCUGGGAGGAGCCAGUGCAGUGGCACAACUUGUUGCUGACAUUCCGUUGCAAUCUGUGGAGGGGGACAGUGCUGAAAGUAGAUCCAACCAGCAUAUCUGGGAGAAGUGGUCCAAUGUCGACACAGAACAAGAGGUCGCUAAGCUCAUGGAGGAAGAUGUUGGAGCAGCCAUGCAAUACCUUCAGUCCAAAUCCCUCUGCAUCAUGCCCAUAUCACUUGCUGCACUUAUCUAUCCUAGUCAGCAACCGGAUGACCCGUCAAUGGUCAAGCCGGAACCGGCAGCCCCGUCAUAGACCUCCAAUUUGUUGCACGUGCCUUUGAGAACUCCUAAUAGCCUUGUGUUCCACCCUCCUUUGUAUCCUUACCUACUAUCACUUGUAUUUUCCUGUGCAAUUGGUGGCAAUGCAAUCAUUGUCAGAUGCCCCAAUUUUUGCUUUUAGCACAACCAUUGGCCCCUUUUAUUACCUUUCGGGAGUUUUCGUCAAACAAGGCAUGAUGUCAUACCUUGGACAAAGGUAAACGUCUGAAAAGCACCCAAUCCAUUAUCAUCAUUUUGGAUGAGGUGAGCAGCUUUUUCAAAGUUAUCUAUGAUUCUGCCAUUUUGUUUGUGGGAUAGUGGGGACUCCUUUAUCUUUUGCAUAGUGGAUUGGUGGGGCGAUGUAAAAGUAAUCAAAAACUGGUUUUUGUAAAGUGUAAUGUAAUUUAAGUAUAUUAUUGCAAUGGAUAGUUGAAGUGGCUCUCCCCCCAAAAAGUUGUUCUGAAAAUAUGAUUUGUGAAAAAAUAACUGGGUUUUAGUUUGCA